AUGCCAAAUAUCGUCAUUCAAGUACUGACAUGUCUAUUAUUUUCAGUGAUGAUUUGUGUAUCGCAUUGGAGUGUUUGGAGUGUGGAGAUGAAAUUUAAUUCAAGAUUUAAUAUUGUUCAGAGUGAUCAUCAUUUACAUAUCACUAUUGCACUUUUAUCUGCUCCGAGAUAUGAAUCAAGAGGUGAAAAGGAAUUGACAAGGACAAUAUUAUCAAUUGCUAAUGAAUUUGAGAAUUUUACAAAAGGAAAGGAUUCAAAUGUAUCUGUAGACAUGUUUCUACUGAAUCAUUUUGGAGAAUCUCAUGUAAAUUUAUAUGAAACGUUCGAUGAUUUGAGACAAAUUAAACAAUAUUCCUUCUUUAAAUUUAUGAAACAAAAUGGAAUGAUUUUAAAUGAUACAGAUCAAAUAGAGGAGGUUUUUGAAUAUCGUGGAUCGGAGACAUAUUAUGAUCAAUUUAAAACUAGGGUUACACUUCCAAAAUCAGAGAUUGAACAUGUUCCAUUCAUUUCUCCAGAAAUUCCUCUUUACUUUUCGUAUAAGGAGCAUUAUUUUCCACUCAAGAAUGCUCCAAUUAUUUUCAAGCAACUUCAACAUGUUUCUUCCCUCUUUAGAGAAACAUAUUAUCAUAUGAGGACAACAUUUUCAGAGGAAGAGUUGAAUGACCAUUAUGUUUUAUUGUUGGAGGAUGAUUUUCCUUUCUGUGAUGGACAUUUUAAAAAGAUGAUUAAUGCUUUGAGAAUUUCAAAGAGUUUCUCUUCAGAUUUUUGUGGUCUUUUCAUGGCAACAGGUAUGUUUUGUGUUGUUUUUAAUAAUGUUGUCGAUCAUAAUAAUAGGUGGGAGUUCAAUACUUGUUAA